GAAGCGGCUGUGGAGGGGAAGGUGGCGGUUCCCUGAGGAGGUGUCUGUGCUUUAAAGCCGCUGCUCUCCGCCCCCCUCCCCGCAGGGAAGGCUGAGAGCGCUGCGGGCGCUGAAGUCCGUGGUGAGGUCCCCGCCCCGGAGCCCCUCACGGCGGUCCUUCUGACGGUGGGUGUGAGGUGAGCUGAUUGAGACGCUGUGCUGACGUCUUUGAAGGCACAUUCUGUGACUCCUCAACAUACUGUCACCUGAGGAAACAACCCAGACCCCAUCAGGACCAGGACCACAUGGCUGCUUCUCAGGUCCUUCUGACUGAGUGUGAGGUGAGCUGAUGAACAGGCUGCGUGGUCACCUUUGAAGGCACAUUCUGUGACUCCUCAACAUACUGUCACCUGAGGAAACAGCCCAGACCCCAUCAGGACCAGGACCACAUGGCUGCUCCUCAGGGACCGUUGACCUUCAGGGAUGUGGCCAUAGAUUUCUCUCAGGAGGAGUGGGAGUGCCUGGACCCAGCUCAGCGGAAGUUGUACCUGGAUGUGAUGGUGGAGAACUACAGCAACCUGGCCUCCCUGGCUAUGUCAUCUGAAAAUGACCAGGCCUUUAUGCCAAAUCCCGGAAUACCAGAUUUAUUCUCUGAAAUAAUACUGAGUACACAUAAUGGAAAUAGCAACUCUCAAUGGAUUGAACAUUGGAAAAAGUUUAAGCAGAAGUCAUAUUUUAAUUAUUGGAGAAGUGAGCUUGCAGAGGACCAUUAUAAAAGUGGAAAUGUUAUUGACCAAAUGUCCAAUCACAAUAUACAUCAGGUUAUUCCUAUUGUGGAGGAGACAUACAAUGGAAGUAAAUGUGUCCAGUCUUUUCAGCAGUCUUCAAAUUACGUUGAACAGGAGAAUAUUCAUACUGGGGAGGAGGCUUACAAAUGGAAUCCGUGUGGGAGAGUCUUCAGUCAAAUAUUCAGUCUAAAUAUAAUGGAAAAAAUCCAUAGUGGAAAAAAACCUUAUCAAUGUAAAGAUUCUGGUAAAACAUCUAAUUGGCCUUCAAGUUGUAUUCUAAAUCAGAAAAUUCACACUGCAGAGAAGACUUACAAAUAUAAAUGUUCAGAGUGUGGCAAAGUCUUUAGCCGGCCUUCAACCCUUAGUAUUCAUCUGAGAAUUCACACUGGAGAGAAACCUUAUAAAUAUAGAGAAUGUGGCAAAUCCUUUAACAGCCAUGCAGUUCUUAGUAAUCAUCACAGUGUUCAUCCUGAAGAUAAGCCUUAUAAAUGUAGAGAAUGUGGUAAAGCAUUCCUCCACAUCUCAAACAUGAUUCGACAUCAGAAAGUUCAUACAGGAGAGAAACCUUACAAAUGUAGAGAAUGUGGCAAAGCCUUUAGUCAGUCCUUCACCCUUAAUCGUCAUCAGAGUGUUCAUACUGGAGAGAAGCCUUAUAAAUGUACAGAAUGUGGCAAAGCGUUCAGUGAGUCUGCAACCCUUAAUCGACAUCAGAGAGUUCAUACUGGAGAGAAGCUGUAUAAAUGUGGAGAAUGUGACCAAGCCUUUAGCUGGUCCUCAACCCUUAGUAGUCAUCAGAAAAUUCACACUGGAGAGAAACCUUAUAAAUGUAGAGAAUGUGGCAAAGCCUUUAGUCAGUCCUCCUCCCUUAAUCGUCAUCAGAGUGUUCAUACUGGAGAGAAGCCUUAUAAAUGUACAGAAUGUGGCAAAGCGUUCAGUGAGUCUGCAACCCUUAAUCGACAUCAGAGAGUUCAUACUGGAGAGAAGCUGUAUAAAUGUGGAGAAUGUGACCAAGCCUUUAGGUGGCCCUCAACCCUUAGUAGUCAUCAGAAAAUUCACACUGGAGAGAAACCUUAUAAAUAUAGAGAAUAUGGCAAAUCCUUUACCAGCCAUGCAGGUGUUACUAAUCAUCAAGGUGUUCAUACUGAAGAUAAACCUUAUAAAUGUAGAGAAUGUGGUAAAGCAUUCUUCCAUGCCUCAAACAUGAUUCGACAUCAGAAAGUUCAUACUGGAGAGAAACCUUACAAAUGUAGAGAAUGUGGCAAAGCCUUUGGCGAUUCAUCUUCCCUUAUUAGACAUCAUAGGGUUCAUACUGGAGAGAAGCUUUAUAAAUGUAAAGAAUGUGGCAAAGCCUUUAGGCAGUCUUCAUCCCUUAGUUAUCAUCACAGAGUUCAUACUGGAGAGAGGCCUUACAAAUGUAGAGAAUGUGGCAAAGCCUUCUGGCAAUCCCAAACCCUUACUGAUCAUCAGAAAACUCAUACUGGAGAGAAGCAUCAUGAAUGUAGAGAAUGUGGCAAAGUCUUUAGCCGGGCCUCAAUUCUUACUGCACAUCAGAGAAUUCAUACUGGUGAGAAGCCUUAUAAAUGUAGAGAAUGUGGCAAAGCCUUUAGCUGGUCCUCAAACCUUACCACGCAUCAGAGAGUUCACACUGGAGAGAAGCCGUAUAAAUGUAGAGAAUGUGGCAAAGCUUACAGGCAUUCCUCAGCCCUUAUUUACCAUCAGAGGGUUCAUACUGGAGAGAAGCCUUACAUGUGUGGAAAAUGUGGCAAAUCCUUUGGCAACGGCUCAAACCUCUCAGCACAUCAGAGAGUCCAUACUGGAGAGAAGUAUUACAGAUGUGAGGAGAGUUCUAAAUCCUUUACCAACAGUGAGAACUUACUGAACAUCACAGAAUUUUAAAUGGGAAGAAGCCUUCUGAAUGUGAAAAAUGUAGUUACUGUACAUG